AUGUGCUUUAUUCAAGCUGAGUUAUCUUAAUAUGCAACGAAUAGUUUAGUGUUUCUCUUAGAGUUGGACCUUUGUUUUGAAUUUCAACCGGAAGCCAUGUUCUUGUUCAGUUAGUAACUUGGUGCUAGGGUAGCUUAGCUACUUUCUUACACAAAUCAACUUUCACACUGUUUUCUGUUUUUGGGUUAGACGGGUUUUACUGAUGAAAUAGUAAAUUAACUUCGAAGCAGGUAUGGCUACAGAACAACAGCCUCACUGGUCGGAUAUUUUAAAAAGGAGGAUAGCAAACUCCAAAAAAGAUGAGAGAAGCGAAGAGGAAAAGAAAGAAGACGAAACUGAGCUGUUCACUAAAUAUUACACCGAGUGGAAGGGAGGAAACGACAAGGACAAGUCCUACAGGGACAUCCCACGAUUCUACUACAGGUUACCAGCAGAGGAUGAAGUAUUACUUCAGAAACUGAGAGAAGAAUCCAGAGCCGUCUUCCUCCAGAGGAAGAGCAGAGAGCUGCUAGAUAAUGAGGAGCUGCAGAAUCUGUGGUUCCUGCUUGAUAAGCACCAGGUGCCUCCAGUCAGUGGAGAGGAGGCCAUGAUCAACUAUGAAGCCUACCUGCAGGUGGGGGAGAGGGCAGGGCCCAAGUGCAAGAAAUUCUUCACAGCCAGAGUUUAUGCCAAACUGCUCCACAGCGACCCUUACGGCAGAAUCUCCAUCAUGCAGUUCUUUAACUAUGUCAUGAGGAAAGUGUGGCUGCAUCAGACUCGGAUAGGUCUGAGCCUGUAUGAUGUGGCGGGACAGGGCUACCUCAGGGAGUCGGAUCUGGAGAACUACAUCCUGGAGCUCAUCCCCACUCUGCCUCAGCUGGAUGGACUGGAGAAGUCCUUCUACUCUUUCUACGUCUGCACUGCUGUUCGCAAGUUCUUUUUCUUCCUCGACCCACUCCGAACCGGAAAGAUUAAAAUCCAGGAUAUACUGGCUUGCAGUUUUCUGGACGACCUGUUGGAGCUGAGAGACGAGGAGUUAUCGAAGGAGAGUCAGGAGUCCAACUGGUUCUCAGCCCCAUCAGCUCUCCGGGUCUAUGGCCAGUACCUCAACCUGGAUAAGGACCACAACGGCAUGUUGAGCAAAGAGGAACUUUCACGCUACGGCACAGCCACUCUUACCUCAGUCUUCCUGGACAGAGUGUUUCAGGAGUACCUCACCUACGAUGGAGAAAUGGACUAUAAGACCUACCUGGACUUCGUACUGGCCUUGGAGAACAGGAAGGAACCAGCAGCUUUACAGUACAUUUUUAAACUUCUGGACAUGGAGAAUCAAGGAUACCUCAAUGUCUUCUCUCUCAACUACUUCUUCAGGGCCAUUCAGGAGCAGAUGAAGCUGCACGGUCAGGAGCCUGUGUCCUUUCAGGAUGUCAAGGAUGAGAUCUUUGACAUGGUGAAGCCCAAAGACCCGUAUAAAAUCACUCUCCAGGAUUUGGUAAACAGUUGCCAGGGUGAUACCGUCACCAGCAUCCUGAUCGACCUCAACGGCUUCUGGACCUAUGAGAACAGAGAGGUGCUGGUUGCUAAUGACAGCGACAGCAGUAACACAGCUGACCUUGAUGACACCUGAGGGUGAUGAGUAAGUUUCACAGUUUUCACUCCCAACAGUUAAAAAACAAAAAAGCAAAAACAUGUGCUUUGAAAGCCAAGUGUUGACUCUGAACCUCUACCUGCUGACUCAGGUCCCUCUGGAUAAGUGAAAAGACAUUUUGAGAUGGACAGAAGAAGGAAAGUGAGGCAUAUUGCUCUGUGUAAAUAGAGUUCUGUGUUCCUCCUGUUGUUUUCCUGGAAAGAAAACCUAAUAUACAUAUUUUUACUAUUGACCUUUUUAAAAUAAAUCUUUCCUUUUCAUUC